UGUCCCUUAACAAAACGCACGACAUUUCUACGAUUCUUCUCCAUUUCUCUUCCAAAAACACUACGACUUUAUGGAGAAUUACCCUUAUAAUUCUUAUCCAGAUUCCGGCAACUCGUCGCCGCAGUCGCGGGAGAUCGAGUUCGAGAAUCCGUCGCCGUGGGAGGAUCAAUCGCAGCAACAACAAAGUUACAAGGCUAAGUUCAUGUGUAGCUAUGGUGGAAAGAUCCAUUCUCGGCCUCAUGAUAAUCAGCUAGCUUACAUCGGCGGGGAGACGAAGAUCAUGGCCGUUGAUCGGAACAUCAAAUUAUCCGCCAUGAUCGCUAAGCUAUCCGCUUUAUGCGGCGGAGGCGACGUUUCGUUCAAGUAUCAACUCCCUGGUGAAGACCUCGACUCACUUAUCUCCGUUACUAACGAUGAUGAUAUCGAACACAUGAUGCACGAAUACGAUCGGCUUUUUCGAGCCUCGGCUAAGCCGUCGAGGAUGCGGCUUUUCGUGUUUCCGGCGACCGGUUCCGUGAAUUUCGGUAGCGAAGGUUCGAAAUUGGACCGCGAACGGUUCGUUGAUGCUUUGAAUUCUGGUCCGACUUCAGGGGAAGAAAAAACCGCUGCGAUCCCGCAAAGCAAAGUGGAUUUCUUGUUCGGACUUGAGAAGGGGAUGACUCCACCUCCACCGGUUAAAAUCCGUGAUCCGGUGGCGGAACCAGUGAUCCAGUCACCGCCGCCUCCGCCGCCGGUACCGGAAGUCGUGGUGAUGGAUCAUGCUUUGAAUCCGAGUGAAAUUCAAAGGCAGAUACAAGUAUUACAGAGGCUCCAAAUUCGUGAUCAAGAACAGCUUUUUAUGUAUAGGAAGAAAACUGAUGACGUCGUCGCAUCUUUGCCUUACACCGGAGAAUACUACGCUCAGAAGUUACCAGAAAAACCGCAACCGAUGACCGUACAACAGCAAGUGCCGGCGACGGCUGGAUUCUGUCCGGAAAAACAUAUUUCUUCCGGUGGUUUCCCAGCAACCGUAACGGCAGCCCCAGGCCCACCGCCGCCAUCGGAUCAUCAUGUUUACAUGAUCCCAGCACCAGUUCCAGGAUCAGCUCCUGCCACCCUCUACCACGUGCCGCCACCCGCUCCCGCUUCCGCACCAUCAUCAGCACCACCACAAAUGGUUCGAUCAGUACCCGUACAAGCCGGUCAAGGCUACUACACCAACGUACAAAGAAUGCCACAUGAUGUUUACGGGGAACAACCCGUUUACAACAUGGUGGCGCAACAACAACAACCGCCGCCGCCUACUCAACAUCAGCCGAUGUCAGCCACACCACAACAGGUGACGAGGUCGCCGAGCGGUGGGAUACCAGAUGCUGCAUACACACAUAUGGCAGCGUACGAUAGGCCUAUUUACUAUACUGCGCCGGGGGCCAUCGUGCCACCACAGUAUCAAGGCGUCAGCACGGCGGUUAGCGGUGAAAAACGUGGCACCGUUGACAAACGGUAAGGUGGUAUAUAAAGUUUCACAAGGUUCAGUUUAAUUUGAGAUUGUAUCUAUUAGUUUUAAUUGGUAUAAAUCAAAAUCUUAGCUCG